AUGGCGUCGACGACUGCCACCCCGCAGGGCAGCGUUCGCCAGCGCACCAAUGCGAAGCGGCCCACGACGCCAGGCGCUGCUGCCGACGACAUUGCCAACGCACUGAACAAGUCGGUUGCGAAGACCAAGCGCACCGGCUCGGGGCGCGAGUACGGCUUCGGCCUCUUCGUCACCACCGUCCUCGCCUUUGUGACCCGGUUCUGGGGCAUCAGCCAUCCCAAUGAGGUCGUCUUCGACGAGGUUCACUUUGGCAAGUUUGCCUCGUACUACCUGGAGAGAACCUACUUCUUCGAUGUCCACCCCCCGUUCGGAAAGCUCCUCUUUGCUCUUAUGGGAUGGCUUGUUGGCUACGACGGGCAUUUCCACUUCGAGAACAUUGGCGACUCGUACAUCUCCAACAAGGUGCCCUAUGUUGCCUUCCGAGCCCUGCCCGCCAUCCUCGGCGCCCUGACCGUCUCUGUCACCUACCUCAUCAUGUGGGAGUCCGGUUACAGCUUGCCUGCCUGCCUGUUGGCCGCCGGGCUCGUUUUGCUCGACAACGCCCACAUUGGCCAGACUCGAUUGAUCCUCCUGGAUGCCACUCUCGUCUUCGCCAUGGCGUGCAGCUUGCUUUGCUACAUCAAGUUCUACAAGCUGCGCCACGAGCCCUUCUCGCGCAAGUGGUGGAAGUGGCUUGUCCUCACCGGCUUCGCCCUGUCUGCCGAUAUCUCGACCAAGUACGUUGGCCUCUUCGCCUUCGUCACUAUCGGAUCGGCGGUGGUUAUCGAUCUCUGGACCCUGCUAGACAUCAAGAGACCCGGCGGCGCCCUCAGUCUUGCCGAGUUUGGCAAGCACUUUGCGGCUCGUGCCUUUGGCCUGAUCAUCCUGCCUUUCAUGUUCUACCUAUUCUGGUUCCAGGUGCACUUUGCCGUCUUGACCCGAUCCGGUCCCGGCGACGACUUCAUGACCCCCGAGUUCCAGGAAACGCUGAGCGACAACGUCAUGUUGGCCAACUCGCUGAGCGUUGAGUACUACGACACAAUUACGCUCCGCCACAAGGAGACCAAGACUUAUCUCCAUAGCCACGAGGACCACUACCCUCUGCGCUACGACGACGGCCGUGUUUCCAGCCAGGGCCAGCAGGUCACCGGAUACCCGUACAACGACACCAACAACUACUGGCAAAUCAUCCCCCUGGUCGACGACCAAAAGGCUGGCAAGCCCGUCCGGAACCAGGACGUCGUUCGUCUCAGGCACCUGGGCACUGACACGAUGCUGUUGUCUCACGACGUGGCCUCGCCGUACUACCCCACGAACCAGGAGUUCACGACGGUUCCUUUGACUGAUGCGUACGGCGACCGUCUGAAUGAUACACUUUUCGAGAUUCGAGUCGAGAACGGAAAGCCGGGCCAGGAGUUCAGGAGCAUUUCAAGCCACUUCAAGCUCAUCCACAACCCCAGCAAGGUUGCCAUGUGGACCCAUACAACUCCUCUUCCCGAGUGGGGACACAAGCAGCAGGAGAUCAAUGGCAACAAGCAGUUGGCACCGAGCUCGAACAUCUGGUUCGUCGAGGACCUCCCCUCGGUUCCGUUGGAUUCCAAGAGACGCGAGAAGCCCGAGAAGGAAGUCAAGACGUUGUCCUUUUUCCGCAAGUGGUUUGAGCUGCAGCGGUCCAUGUUCUGGCACAACAACCAGCUGACCAGCAGCCACCCGUAUGCCAGCCACCCUUACCAGUGGCCAUUCCUGCUCCGCGGCGUCAGCUUCUGGACGCAGAACGAUACGCGUCAGCAGAUCUACUUCCUCGGAAACCCUAUCGGAUGGUGGCUCGCAAGCAGUCUGUUGGCUGUCUUUGCCGGUAUCAUCGGCGCGGACCAGGUGUCACUUAGACGGGGCAUUGACGCUCUUGACCACCGCACCCGUUCGCGGCUGUACAACUCGACCGGCUUCUUCUUCCUGGCCUGGGCAACUCACUAUUUCCCCUUUUACUUGAUGGGCCGCCAACUGUUCCUGCACCACUACCUGCCGGCUCACCUCGCUUCUUGUCUGGUUGCCGGUGCGCUGUUGGAGUUCAUCUUCACGGCCGAGCCGGCGCCCGAGGAGGGAUACCAGGCCAUCAAGGGCAACAAGAAGGCCGACGGGCCCAAGAGGCACAUUUCGGCGCGCGAGCGGUUCGCCGGCCAGAGUCUCGUCGGGGCGUGGAUUGCUUGCGGCGUCAUCCUGCUUAUUGCUCUCGCCGGCUGGUACUUCUUCCUGCCGCUGACGUACGGCUACCCCGGUCUGAGUGUUGAUGAAGUUGUCCGUCGCAAGUGGCUCGGCUACGAUCUGCACUUUGCCAAAUAA